ACACUAACCGGAUGUCACACAGAGAUUCGCCGAUCCGCUGCUAUAAUGACUGAAAUUUCACUGUACACAACACACUGUACAGGCCCAGAUCACGCUUAGAAGUAGCGUAUUUGAAAGUGGCUACAGCGGUGCAAACAUAGCGAAAGCGGCAGACAUCGUUACAUUAUUAUAUUUCCAUUUAGAAUCCUGCCGAAAACAGAAUCAUAGCAGCGGCAAUCUCAGCAAGCGACAGUUGCAUCUGUUAAAGCCACGGAAAAGUAAACCGACCAUCAUCCGCACGCACACGCGGCAAAGACACCAGUGACCUUUAUAUAUUCGUCAAAGGAUGAGCUGUGCUAGCGCAGCAAUAAUGUACCAGUCAACGUUGCCAUCUUGCUUUUCAUCGUUUACCCCAACAAAUUAUUCUUCGGCCGCAUACCAUCAUCCAAUAAACAACAAUGGAACAACUCCUUUGACGGCAACCAGCAGCAAUGAAUCGUUUAAGAAGCUCGGAUCGGUGUCGAAAAUGUACGCCGACAGGUAUCCAUCCAUGCGCAUAGCAGAUCCAUUCACGGGAUUGGUGGAGCAUGACAACCUUCCGACGUCGUCGCAUGCGGGACGAUCCUUAUCUGUCGCAGGAAUUAGUGGCAUCGCUGCGGCUACGGCGCCAUGCACCAGCAAGGAUGUUGCACAUGAGGAAGUAAAAACAACAAAUGUACAGUAUGUAUCGCCCACAUCGUACCUUAUCACAUAUCAUUCGGGAGACGCGGCAACUGCUGUCGAGGAUCAUUUUGCCAAAUCGCUGAAUCCACAAUCCCAAUAUGGAAAAGGCGCUAUCCCAAUGUCCAGCCGUAAUUUGCCGGUUUCAUUCUGGAAUGCAAAUUUCACAUCCCCGCUGAAUCCAUCGGUUCCUCAUCAGAAUCCAUCGUACCCUUUACCGUACCAUGGUUAUGCCUCGACCUCCUCCGACUAUGGAUACGGUGAUCCGUAUUACAGCUCGUCUUUCCAUCCGGCCACUUUCCAGCAUGCCCAAACUGAUCCCUGGCAUUAUGCCGCAUACAACUCAGCUGCACAAUCUUACUCCCAAGCACAACGUGCUGCUGCUCUCGCCGCAGCCGAUUUGACUGCCAACAGAUUCAGCUCAUCGUAUAAUUCCCUGUAUUUUCCAUCGGCAUCCUCCGUCAGAUCGUCUCGGCUGGAUGUGCCCGGACCAUGUAAAUCCGCGUCCGCCUGGGCAACUCAUCCGGUGUUCGGUGCAGAGGUGCCCAGUUAUGGACAACCUAUGACAACUCCAGAUUAUGAUGCAGCCUUUCCAGGAAAAUCCCAAUCAACCAAAGAUCUUUAUUGGCAUUAGGACACUCGCACUGGACUUUUAUAUAAAUUCGCUUUAUAAAUGCUGUUCCUUUCGUGACCUUUCUUGGCCUGUCAUUCACCCUAUUUUUAUAAGGACAGUUUCGCCAAAUGCUACAACACACCGGCUACAAUGUCAUUUCUGGUAGAAAGUUCAGAAUAAAAUUCUGAAAGACUAGAACGAUGCAACGCCAGUCCAUGCAGAGUUUGCGAAUUGGCUGACUGAAUCU